UAGUACAUGUUUAUUUCACCAGCAGCAUUUCUGUGUCUUUCCAUGGCGAACACUGCCGACCUGGGGGUCUUAAUCUGAAACUCGUCUGCGCGGGAAUUCAUGUUAAGUUCAGACGCUGUAGAGUAAAGAUGGUUAUUGAUGAGUCCGCUGACCCCAAACUGCCAUCCAGUGGUCAGACAGCACCUGUGAAAACAGACAGGAUGGCCACAGAGGGGCUCCCUCCCGGCUGGACUAGAGAGACGAGACAGAGGAAACAGGGAAAGACAGCAGGCAAGAUAGACACCUACAUCAUCAGUCCGCAGGGCAGACGCUUCAGGUCCAGGUCAGAGCUCCAGAACUACCUGCUCUCGGAGGAAUGCGCUCAUCUGAAGCUGGACACUUUUGACUUUACCACACCCAAAAGCAGCAGCGGAGCACCUCAACAAGAGAGGAAAGCAGAGAGACGGAGAAGAACAAAAAAACAGGGAGCAAAACCUGCAGAAAACCUCGGUCCAGAGCCGGCUUUGGCAGUGACGGAAAACCGAGGCAUGGAGAUGGACAGAGCAGAACAUGAGGAAGAGAAGAACGAGACAGAAAGGCAAAAAGACAGUUGUCAUGGGGAGGAAACAGAGAGCAAAGAGCAAAAAGAGGUAGGAGAACAUCAAGAAGGUGCAGAGAGUGAAAGAGAGGAAGCUUCAGGCAGAGUGACUCCUGCAGAAAACCAGCAGAUUUCAGUGCCAGUCUUAACAGUGCAGUCUGCAUCAGACAGUGAACAAGAGAAUGAAGCAGAGGAGGAGAAAGAGGAAACGGAUGAGGUAAAGGAAGGAAAACAGGAGAGUAAUGAGGCCACAGGAGGGAGCUGCUCACCUGUGAGAAGCACACAAAGUGGGACAAAGUUACUGUUGGAAAAGCGGAAAACCAGUCCAUACUUCAGCAGCAAGAGUGGUGGUCUCAGUCCUCCGAAGCGAAAAGCUUUAAGAAAGUGGACUCCACCUCGUUCCCCCUUCAAGCUGGUGCAGGAAACCCUGUUUCAUGACCCAUGGAAGCUUCUAGUGGCCACCAUAUUCCUCAAUAAGACCAGCGGGAAGUUGGCAAUACCAACGCUGUGGCAGUUCUUCGAGCGUUAUCCGUCUGCUGAGGUAACCCGAGCCAGUGACUGGAAGCCUCUGGCUGAGCUUCUGCAGCCUCUUGGCCUCAACGCCCUCCGAGCCAAAGCGCUCAUCCGCUUCUCCGAUGAGUACCUCACUAAAUCAUGGAGAUAUCCUAUCGAGUUGCACGGAAUAGGCAAAUAUGGCAAUGACUCCUACCGCAUAUUCUGUAUUGGAGAAUGGAGAGAGGUCACUCCAAAUGACCACAAGCUGAAUGAUUAUCACACUUGGCUGUGGGAGAAUCAUGAGCAGUUAGGGCUCUGACCACAACAACACUGAAGACAAACUGUUUCCCUUUUAAAAAAAAACAUGUUUUAGCUCCAACAUUCCUGGUCUAUGUUGAUCAAGCCCUGAUUUUUUCCUUCCAUCAUGGAUAUUUAAAGGAAAGGUGCACGCGGCAAAAAGCAAAAUUAGAAAUGGUUGAGGGGGACAAGCUUUCCUGGCUGUCCCGAGACUCGGGACAUUUCAUUAUGUAACUUUCCUGAUGGACAGUCCACUAAUGAAAUUGAGUUUUUAUGAAGGGAGAUCACGGCAUGACUAGUCUUAGAUGUUUUGAAUGAAAGUUUUGUAGGUAAAUUGAUCAAGGUGUUGUGAUCUAACAAAAAAUAGUGAUGUGAACUAAUCUUCAAUAAUGUUAAUAGAGCCCAACUGAUAUUUUGGCUGGGUGAUAUAUUGGCUGAUAAUGAUGACCCUAAGUAUUAUCAGUAUGUAAAAUAACUUUAUUGUUUGGGGGUUGCCAGGGUUCGAAUUUUUCGCUCUCCCAACAAUCGGGUGAGAUCUCAAACAGUUAUACCAAAAACCCAAAGAAUUUUGGGUAGCUCCACACCCAUUAUUUAACAGAGUGCGUUUCCAUGCACUCAAUAAUCUGAUCGUAAUCAUAUUUCUGCAGUUAUCCGAUUAUUCAAAUGGUCAUGUAAACACCAUACUCCGAUCUAGAAAUCCGAUUAAGAAAUCCGAUAAAGAGAGCUGGAUUUUAGCUCAGUAAUCAGAUUCCUCAGUGCAUGUGAACUCUUACUCUGAUUUCUUUCGGAUUUCUCAGUCUACUGACAGAAUCUGAUUUUCUGUAGUUAUCGGAUUAUUAAGUGCAUGUAAACGCACUCACUGAGUUUCUGCGUUUUAGUUUAAGAAAUGUGACAGUUGAGACAAUCUUGUCAGUCAGGAAAGCACUGUUUAACUAAAACUACUGGAGUAUAAAAUUAAAAGUAUAAAUCUAAAACUAUAUCUGCCAAUAUUGAAAUCAAAAUGUUUAGCAUCUUAACCUAGGUAUCAGCCACAAAAUUUUCACAUCAAUCGGGCCUUCAUCUUUAACCAUGAUACAGUAACUGUUCACUAAUGUAUUCAAGUCAUUCAGAUAUGUAGAAAUAUAUUAGGAAUAUGAUCCUUUGGCCAUCUUACAGUUAACAUAGUAGAAGUACUUCCCCCCAAUUAUGGCAGCAUUUAAGUCCCAUCAUAAGACAAAGCAAACAUGUAACUCUGCAGGAUCACGUAUACUUGAGGUCAAUGCACAGUAACAAAUUAGUGAACCUUUCCUUUAAUAUAUUCUGUCCUCAGAUAAGCGUUUGUUGAAGGCAAAUGCUAAGUCAAAUAUUAAAUGUAUAUUCAUGUAUUAUGUAUUUUACUCGUAACUGAAUAUAAUUACUUAUUGGUUCUUGUCAGUGAAAGGUGUGAUAACUCAGUGUUGUCAGUCUCAGUCCUGGAGACGCUCAACACUUCUGUGUUUUUACUGCACAAACCUGUUUCAAAUUAGGUAAUUUUUAAGCCUUUCAAGUCACAAAACACAAAGAAAACAGUGCAUAAGGUUCCCAGGACUGGAACUAAUAACCAUUUUAUUAAGCUCUUGUUUCUUCAUAUCCGUUUCAUAAAAAGGUGAAAAUAUUUUGAGUAUGUAAAUAAAAUGACCUGUUUAAUUUUUUCA